ACAAAUUUUUUUUUGUCUAGAAUAGAACAAUAGCGCACAGUGAAGUAAACAUGUCGAUGUGUUGAGCUAACCUCCUAUUAACACCAUACAAGUUGACAGAUCCAAAGUUGUCAAAUAGCAGCAAAAAAAAAGAAAGAGCAACAAUCGACGAAGUUGUUUACGUUUCUUGCACGGGAGCGUUGCAUUCUCUAUUUCCUACCAAAAAUCUUGAUUUAAGUCUCAUUCCCGAGCAAUGCUCGUGUUUUAAACUGUGAGAAAGGAUUCACCAAACCAAACGCAACAUGCAGCGCGAGGAAAAGCAGUUGGACAUGCUGCUGGAGGCUGUCCUGAACCGGCUGAACGACCUGAAACAUUCGAUUGGCGUGAUGAUACACCGACUGGAGACGGAAUACGAGACGAUUAACUGGCCCACGUUUCUGGACAACUUUGCACUAAUAUCCAGCCAUCUCACUGGUUUGAUGAAAAUUCUAAGCACGGAAAUCGGCACACCACUGCGCAAUCUGACCGUGCUGCCGCUGAUGCUAACGCCCGAGCGGGACGAAGCGCUGCUGCAGCUUACCGAAGGCCGUGUGCCGAUCUUUUCGCACGAUCUCGCUCCGGACUAUCUGCGCACGAAGCCGGACCCGGGCGCGGAAAGCCGGCAGGCGGCACACGAAGCAAAGGCGAACAAUCUCACCGUAGAGGCAAGCAUGAAACAGGUUGCCCAGUACAACAAGGUCAUAUCGCACGUGUGGGACAUCAUCAGCAAGGCGAAGGAGGACUGGGAGAAUGAAUCGUCCACCCGGCCCGGCAUCCAGCAGACCAGCUCGAUGGCGGACACGCAAGCGCUGGUGGCUGCCGUCGGGCUGGGCAAUGGGUUGACCGCACCAGUGGGUCCGCCGACCGGGGCGGGCGUGAUGAUUCCACCCGCGAUCCGGCAGGGCUCGCCGAUGAGUGCCGUUUCCCCGUCCGGCAAUGCGCCGAUGGGCAAAAUGCCGUCCGGCAUCAAAACAAACAUCAAGUCCGCCAACCAGGUGCAUCCGUACCGUUAGCAGUGUACGCUCUCUGUGAAAUGCGCAUUAGCUUGUAUUGAAAAUAAACACAAAAUCUUCUAUCUUUACUCUAA